UGUGCGCAGACUCGUGGCGCGCGGCUGGACCUGAUGACGCAGACAGAGCUCAGAGCUGCUGCUGAUGUUCACGCGCAGGAAGUGUGCAUUGGUGUUUCAGAUCUGGUUCCAGCUGGACGGAUCCACAAUGUUCACCGCUGCAGCUCUGCACAGUCUCCUGAUGGUGGCGCUGUGUCUCGUAAGCUGGGCCGUCCCUCACGGGAGACACCCAGGAGACCUUCACGGAGAAGAGAAAGAGUCCUCCUCAUCUCUGAUGGACAGAUCACGGGCUUCAGACUCCUCCAGUCUCAUCAGUUCCUCACAAACCUCUGCAGCGGACAGCACUGAAGCUGGAGACGCUCAUGUCCCGGACUCAGACUUCAGCUCCAGACCGCUGGACGCUCCGGACACCUGGACAGAAGCGGAUCGUCUGCAGACAGAGGAAGUGAGCGUCUCGUCUCCGGCCACCAUGUCCUCCGAAGACCUUCCUUUGAUCUUUGAGCCGUUUGAAGACGUCACGGCACCCAGAGCAUCAUCUGGACCGUCUGUUGCCAUGACGCCAGCGGCUGUAACCGUGGAGCGGAUGGUGUCCAUGGAUACGGAUCACACUUCCUCUGACAUCCGUCUCUUAGGAACGAAAGAGCCAAUCACAGAACGCCAUCCGGAAGCAGAGCAUCAUGGGACGACACAACAGGAGCCUGAUGAAGAUGAGGAGGAAGAGGAGGUGGACUCUGAUGAGGAGGAGAGCGAAGAGGACCUGACAGAGAGCACCAUGGCCCCGCCGUACAGCCUGAUCCCUCCUCCUCCCGUCUGGGUGCAGCGGAACCAGGGCCUGGUGCGGAGCUGGGUGGAGCUCAUCAGAGAGAAGGCUGGGUAUGUGUCGGGGAUGUUGGCUCCGGUGGGGAUCGGGAUCGCUGGAGCUCUUCUUCUGGUCGGAGCUCUCUACAGCAUCAGAGCGAUCCAUCGACGGAGGAACAGCUUCAAACACCAGAGGAGGAAGCCUCCCAGAGAAGUGCGCAGCGGACCAGACAACGCCAUGCUGCUGGCCGACAGUUCAGAAGACGAGUUCUGACCAGAAACAGCUGAAAUAGACACUCAGAUCAUCUAGAACAUGAAUCCUCUUUCAGAAUCACAAUCAGAACCAUUUACACUGAUGAGAAACAUCAUUGAGAUGCUAUUAUUAUAAGCUUUAAUAAUAUUUUGAGUCACUUUUUAUGAUGUUUUCAUUUAUAUAUGUGUGUGUGUGU